UGUCCGCUAGCCUUGUUUCUGCUCCGCACACAAACACACACACACACACACACACACACACACACACACACACACACACACACACACACACACACACACACACACACACACACACACACACACACACACACACACACACACACACAUGCACAGGCACACACCGUCACAUGCAUACAUUACACACACACACACACACACACACACACACACACACACACACACACACACACACACACACACACACACACACACACACACACACACCACCCUAACCGCUCAGUUGUCAGCAGCAGAUCCGCUCUGCCUGUCUGAUCGAUGGCUGAAUCCAUAGGCGCGGUGCUCGUCGUGACGCCGGGCCAGACCCCCAGCCCGGCGGGGCCUGGCGUGGCCGAGGCCAGCCCAGAGUACAUGGCCUUCGUGCUGGUGCCGGUCUUCUUCACGCUGGGGCUGCUGGGGGUCCUGAUCUGUCAUCUCCUGAAGAGGAGGGGCUACCGCUGCACCACCGGGGAGCCCCCCGCCGAGGGGGAGGAGCCAGAGGAGGACCUGGAGCUGGGCGGAGACUUGAACGACACGUUCAGCGAGAACAACGACACCGUGGGGCAGAUUGUCCACAUGAUCAUGAGUAAUGAAGCAAACUCGGACGCCCUCAAAGCCAUGGUCGAGCAGAACAGCAUUGACUCUGAUGGCCCCCCGCUGACGCCCACCUCCCCCCCCCCGUCCAGCCCCCCCCGGACCCCCGUCUGGCCGGGCCCCCCGCGGGUCCCCCGCGGCGCCGUGGCCACGUCCAAGCACACGUGUAGCCACCUGCACACCAUCGGGGGCCCCGGGGGCCCCAAGAACACCUGCAGCCGCUGCAGCCAGAAGAAGUGGCCCCUGAUGCGGCGACCCCUCACCCCCCGGCGCUCGGAGAACCGCCGCUCCCACCAGGGCGAGGUCACCGUGCUCGCUGUCGGCAGGUUCCGUGUGACCAAGUCUGAGAAGCAGCCCAGAGAGAGGCGGACCCUGCCGACCUCAGAGGCCAAUGGCAGCGCUCCGACGUCCCCCGACCAGGCGGAGCCUAAGAGCAGGACCACGUCGGAGUCCCAGCAGGAGCCGACCAAGUGACCCCCCCCCCCCGGGCAGGGAAGGAGGGGCUUCAGCGGACCGAAGACGAGAGGGGGAGGAACGGCGGAGCUAAAUCAGAGACCAAACCAACAUGUAGGAUGAUCUGCAGCAGAGGGGCUGAACACACGCUCCUCCUCUGAGGGCUCCUGCUCAGUGGACCACAACGAGGAGGAGGAGGAGGAGGAUGAAGACGGUAGCUAACAGGGAAGAGAGGAAGAGCCCCCCCCCCUCUCUCCGCAACAGCCAACAGCGAAGGCGUAGUCAUCGGUGACAGAGGCUGGCAGCUCCCUGGGGUCGCCAGGGGAACAAGGGGUCAGGGUGAAGAAGAGGACGAUGAGGAGGCUCCAGUGCAACAGGAAUAUGAAAAUGGGCUUUGACUUACACCGUGAAACCUUCCGCCGGCACCCUGCAUACCGCGGUCACACAGAUGGAUUGUAUAGUGCCAAGGUCAGAGUCGACGGAAAGAAAAGGUCUCAGAACUCAAACUGUCACUCCCUCGACGCAAGUCAUUAGUAUUACAGAACCAAAGAAUAAGAGCUGUGUGUACGGCAAGAACAGCAACGCAGUGGAAAUCCAGGCCUGAUGAAUGAUGACACCGGCCUUUUUCUGUUGUGGAAAAUCCUGCUUGUGAAACCUAACCCUCAACCUGAUCCAAUCACAAGCAGGUCUGAAAGGUCAGCAGACAACCAUCGCCAUUAGACAUCCCCCCAACCUCCCCUGAAAACAGCAAACGUGGUCCUCAUGACAGUAGAUGCAAGGCCAGUAGCCAGGCCUCAUGGCAGGCAUGAGGUGGUUGUUUGGCACGGGGCUCUCGCUCUAAGACAUUCAGUCAAAUAAAACCAACCGGUAACGAGCUAAAAACCAACUUACCAUCAAUUCACUUCCAAACAUUCGCUCCAAGCUGCGUGUUCGGUGAGGUGUUUAAACCUCAAUUUAUUGUGUGUUUGUGUGUGUGUGUGUGUGUGUGUGUGUGUGUCUGCGCGUGUGCGUGUGUG